CCCACCUCAUUACUAGUGUAGCAAUUCAACUGCAGGAGCUCUGCUCGGGUGCUCAUUGGCUGGGUCCGCGGAGGGUGACGUCAUCGGGACGUACUAAGACUAGGGCUGGGCUAGGAGUCGGAGCCAUUACUGCAGGUCCCGCAGAGCUCGGCAGUUAAGAUGUGUGACUUCACCGAGGACCAGACCGCAGAAUUCAAGGAGGCCUUCCAGCUGUUUGACCGAACGGGUGAUGGCAAGAUCCUAUACAGCCAGUGUGGGGAUGUGAUGAGGGCCCUGGGCCAGAACCCCACCAACGCCGAGGUGCUCAAGGUUUUGGGGAACCCCAAGAGUGAUGAGAUGAAUGUGAAGGUACUGGACUUUGAGCACUUUCUGCCCAUGCUGCAGACUGUAGCCAAGAACAAGGAUCAGGGGACCUAUGAGGAUUACGUUGAAGGCCUUCGGGUGUUUGAUAAAGAAGGGAAUGGUACCGUCAUGGGGGCUGAAAUCCGUCAUGUUUUAGUCACACUGGGUGAAAAGAUGACAGAGGAAGAAGUGGAGAUGCUGGUGGCAGGGCAUGAGGACAGCAAUGGUUGUAUCAACUAUGAAGCGUUUGUGAGGCAUAUCCUGUCGGGGUGACGGGCCCCGAGGGCCGGAGCUUGUCCGGAUGGUGCUGAAUGGCUGAGGACAUUCCCAGUAAACCCAGAGCCUGUGCCUUGCCCUCUGUGAGAUUUGUAUGUGGCCCCAGAGGCUUCGUAGGUUCACUUGUCACAGCACCUUUCCUAUCUGGUUUCUUGGAUGAUGUUUGCCAUCAGCAUUCACCAAAUAAACUUGCUGUCUUUGCCCCCA